GAAGGUGUGCACAUACAUUAGUAUGUAAGAACUUAAUGAAUUACUGCAAAUCUUAUCAAAGUAUCAAAUGAUAUUGAAGUUGUUAUAAUAAUGUUUAGUGAAAGGUUAUUGUUUUACGUGGCAUAAUGAAAACGUUGUAAUGCGAUAAUAUCGUCAUAAUCGGAUAACUCUUUCUAUGAAUCAUAUUUCAGUAAACAGUGGUUUGGAAAUUUAUUUACAAAGUAUUCGUAUUCUACUCCUUGCCAUCUACAAUGACAACACCUAUGUGCGAAGAUGGUGGCCCUUUGAGAGAAUGGGCUCCCCUUGCUAAUCUUCUUCAACAAAUACCAGCCAAAAUUCAAAAUGGGCUAUUUACACAUAAUAUUAACUUCACCUGCAUCGAUGCAUUGCCUGAGUUUUUAGCUAUUGGAACUAAUCAUGGGCUAGUGUAUUGGUAUAACAGGGAAAAACAAGAUCUACAAAGACUUCGAUGCGAGAAUGUAAAUUCAAAGAUUACUUGUAUUCAAGUAAUAUCGACUGUGGAUUAUAUGGUUGCUACUGGUAAUGAACACGGUGUUAUAACUGUAUUUCAAAUACCAAAAAAUCCACCAGAUUCAUUACCAGAUAGCCUGAAACCAAAACAGAAAAAACAGGUGGAACGAUACAGUAUUAGUGGAUUGCACAGCAGUGCUGUAACAACGGUCGAAUGGUCAAAGAAUGGCAUGAAAUUAUUUAGUGGUGAUCAGGAUGGUUUAGUAGUACUGACUGAAAUUGAUUUUUACAUGCACUUGUCAAAGUCGUCCGAGUUACUGAAUGAAAAGUAUGCAGUUGUACAACUGAGUUAUCAACAAGGUUUAUUACUGGUUUCAACAACAUUACGUACAAUACUAGUAAAUAAAAAUGAGAAUGGUAAGGUAACACAAGUUGGUCAAAAGGAACGUAAAACAUUAGGGAAACUAGGAGCAAUAUUUGGCUGUCGACAAAACUACGUUCAAGAGUCGGUAAUUUAUGCGAGCAGGCCUGGACUGCGUUUAUGGCAAGCAGACAAAACUGGAACUGUAUCAAAAACGCUUAUUUUUAAGGAUGCUAUUCGAUCUGGUCACACAGAAGUAGAACUUUUGAAUCCGGCGCCAGAGAGCUCAAAAAAAAAUCGUGGGGAACCUACAUUUGGUGUCAUUUUACCUUUUUGUGAUGAUUUAUUAAUCACGUACAGCGAUGACAUUAUAUACGUAGUAAAUCCGCAAACUAUUGCUAUAACGUCCAUUGUAACGGACUUACGUCGGGUUACCGAUGUUGCUUGCACUAAAGAUGAAAUAUUUGUUUUGGAAGGAGAAAGGAACAUCAUACGUAUUUCGUAUUAUCCUGAAACAAAUAUGUUUUCGUCUGAAGCAACAAAUACAUUGGAUCCGCUGUUAUCGUUCGCAGAAAUUAGUAAACCAGUUACAAAUGGUAUAUUAGAAUUGACUUCUAAACUAAAAGAAAGCGCGAUAGUCCCAGCUAUUCCGUUUCAUAAAAUUAAUCCAUCUAACAUCAUUCAGUCUGUGGGCAUUGCACCGAUUCUUACUGCUGAUACUGAUGAAACUUCGAUUGUUCAUGCUGAAGAAGCUGUUGAAAUACCGCCCGUAAAACCGAUACAUUUAAAUAAUGAAGCUUCGAUAAGAAAAAGUACCGAGCAGAAUGGCAAACAGAAUGAUAGAAGUCAGAUAUUUCAAAAAAUCAGUCAACAAGAAUUUGAAGAUGUCGUUUUCACCCCAAAGAGAAAACUGAAAAAAUCACGAAAUAAAGUAUUAAAUGGAAACGAAAGUUGUUCAUCGUUGUCCGAUGCCGAUGACUUGUCCGUCUCGAAUAAGGAUAAAAUAAACGCCAAUGACGCUAAGACGACGCAUUCCUCUUUACUAACACUAAGUGUCGAUGACGAGUUUGUGUUUGAGACUGAAAGGAAUCUUGAAUUAAUUCAACGUGAUGUAGAAAAUAAAGAAAAACUGUUAGCUGAUAUUUUAGAUUUAGAUUUAUCAAAAUACAUGACAAGCAGUCAAGUUACUGCUACUACUACUGAUUCAAAUGUUACUCAAUGUAUUGAUACGAUUACGUGCAUUAAUUGUAAAAUAGAUUCCAAUGAUUCUUUAGAGGUAGAGAGUAAUAAUCAGCAGGAUGAAUACAAUGAGCAUAGCGAUCAUACAGAUACUGACACCGAAGAUGAUGUCAGUUACCAAACAGAAUUAAAAAAGUUUGAAGAUUUAGGUGAGUGCAGGAAGAAGCUUUUGCAAGAAAAAUUAGGCGAUCCUUUAUUACAUAAUAACUAUGACGAUACGAGAAAACAGCCACACCCAGAAAAAGACCAGACCGAGUUAGAAGUUCAAUUCCAUGUUUUAUCAGUAGAAUCUAUUGCAUUAAAUGUGCUCGAGGAAGAAGAUUGGGUCGUAGUGAAAAAUGAUACAAUGUAAGAUUACAUUGAAAAAGCAAAUUAUACACUAUAAAAUAGUAUGUAUGUUGUUUUGAUAAAAUCAUUGCCGCAUAGAGAAGCUUUCAAAUUUUAGAGAAAGUGGACGAUUCUUUAACAGUUAAGGUGAGAAUAGCAGUAAUCUGUACUUUGAUCAUAAUACAAAUUU